AUGUCGCCUUUUUUGGUUCCUUCAGGCUCGAGCAUUGUUAUGGCAGAGCAGAGCAGCCGCGAUGUGGUAGAUCAGACCCUGUCGGGCGGCGAGCCUUCGCCUUCCGACGUUCCUGCGAGCACCAACGACAAACAAACUGCCGAAGGGGACGCGGGGGAGACCAGACAUAUCGCAACGACUUUCACUGCGCAAAUAACGUCCGACCAACACCCCAAGACGAGAGAUACACUACCCCCUUCCGCCGACAAGUUGGGUGACAAGGAUGCCGGAAGCUUUUCGAUGGAUUCUCCAAAGCAGAGCGCCGGGUUGGUCGCUUCGAGAGCCCUUGAACUGAACGGAUUAGCUUCCGUAUCAGACGGCGGCGACGAUACGGCCUCACAAGGUGGUUCGGAGUCGGAUGCUAGUCGGACGGAUGGUCGCCAUCACACCCGCACUGGGUCGGCGAAGAAGCCGGCAUCUUUUAAACCGGUUUCUUUUGCGAAGUUCUCAGUGCCAAAAGCACCCGGGACGACGGCACCGCCCAAGGCGCCUGAGAAAGCUCCAUCAAUUCCCACAACCCCCUUGGGUACUCCGCAGCCUACUGCGCGGCCGCGCUUAGUUCCGAAGUCCACGGCUGCCAUGCGGGAUGGCUUGUCAAAAUCUGGCCCAGGAGGCGCGAAGUCUGGUGGAUCAGGACCGGAUCCGAAUCAAGUCUGGAAUAAGAACCGGCCCGUCCAACCGACACCGCCGAAGCACUUGACGGACGAGGAGUUGAAACUGCAAUAUGGAAUUCACAUGACAUCUCGAAUCCAAGAAGACGGUGUUGGAUCCGAGGCAAAAUGGGCCGAUAUUGAUGAUGAUGAAGACGACUGGGCUCCGGAGACAAUUGAGUGGACGGACGGCACCAAGGUCACUCUCACCCACAAUGAACCGCAACCACCACCAGAGGUACAUCAACAUGAACCGAGGGAGGCACCAAUGCUAGAGCCGACUGCAGUGCGAGAUGUUUCAAAAAUGGUUGCCCCGAAGCCAACUACAUCCGUUGGGCCAAACCCAACGGUACUGAGGCUUGGAGCUAAUGCGGAGCGGCAGGCGAAGGCGGCGAGCAUUUCGUCCAAAGGAGCAAAUGACAGAGUUACGUCAGGCUCUACAAGUCCGGCACCUCCAAGCAAGUCUCCCUGGGCUACGCUACCUCCGGUCGAGAGAGUGUCACCUGUGAAUCCUCCUGCAAAUAUCCCCCAGUCACGUCCCCCCGUCCACCACCCUCACCGAGACGAUGCUCGUUAUGCCCCAUUGCCUCCGCAAGAGAUUGCCGCGGAUGACUUCAAUCGCACUUGGCGAGAAACCGCACCGAAUGCGCCACGUGAGCUGUACAACUCUCGGUCUGGUCGGUACGAGCCUGUAGCAGAACAUAGAAGGCCAUCGUAUCGACAAGACCAAGGCCCUCGAGCUCCUGCUGUGUUGCAACGACCUGGUCAUGAUGCGAAUGGGCCGGCCGAACCUUCUGCGGCAUUCCAGACUCAACGGUCAAGCCAUCAAGAUGGCGGCAUGGGCUGGAACCGUCACCGUGCGUCAUCUAAUGUCAGUGGAGGAAGCGGAGGAUUUGAUCGUCGGAUGUCUUUCGGUCGAGCAGAUGUGCCUCCAAGGUAUGAAGGCCGACGGGGCUCUCAGGUAAAUGGCAUGGUCGAUCCGGCAUUAAUGUCUCGCGAGCCAGGCCAUGCACAUGAAAUGUCUCCAUCGCAACAGCAUGCUACACCAGGGUGGGGUGCACACCCACCUGCGCAUCUGGACCGAGUCCCGCUAGUUGAGCAGCAACAUGCACCGGCAGCUGUACCAGAAGUGCCUGAGGAGGAUCCUCUUGUUGUGCAGGAGCGUAUCAUGAAGGAGAAGCGACUUGAGGCUAGGCAACGUCGCCUGCAGCAAGAAGAGAAAGAGAAGGCAGAGAGGGACGAGCGAAUUCGCCAGAAGCUCGCGGCCUUGGGCCCAGCACCAGACAAACAGCGCAAAAACAGCAUUGAAAGUCGCAAGACCCAGGUCCCGUCCGCGCCAGCUCCAGUCACGAUUUGCUCUCCUCCGAAGCCUCCUGUUCCCGAACCCACUGGAGAACCUAAGCAAUAUGGCAUGAUGAAGGUUCAUCACCCUGAUAGUGUGAAGAAGCUUGUUGCAGCAAACGAGAGGGACCGCGCAGCUGAGAAACCGCACGCGGAGAAAACAUCGCCUCGUAUGCGCCGUGGUCCUUCCCCUCACCGCGAGUCGAAACGCGAAUCAGUUGCUUCGGGCAACAUGGACCAGCAAACCCAGGGGAGCCCGCAAAGUUCGAAGACUGAUGAACAUGGUGCACAGUGGCGUGGAAAUCUGAACGUUUCAGGCUCGUCAUAUGCUCCGUGGUCAACCAAUCCUAACCUAGCAACGACUUCACCGUCGGUCAAGAACCCAUGGAAGCCUUUGAUCAGCGAUCGAACACUGGGUAACGGUAUUUUCGAUCAGAGCCUCGGCGGCUUCCCGUCCCGAGAAAUGCCUCUACGGGGCCAGCUGGGUCUCGAUCAACCCAUCAUGCCCCCUCCGGCUCUUUCAGGCCCACCGGAGGCAGCGUCAAUCUCCCCGCUGCCUUCGCCCGAAACCCGGAAUGCAUCUUAUGAUCCUUUGAGUCCUAUUGGCCGUCCUGGUCCGAUUGGGCCUCCGAGCUCACAACAAUCUCAAUGGCAACAAGAUUCUCGUACCCCAGGUGGUUUGGGCGCGUGGAACAACUUCCACAAACUCACAGCCCAGCGAGAACAAGAGGAGGCGGAGAAAUACCGCAAUGAUUUCAAUGCCAGCCGUGAUUCUCGAUCGUCCGGCCCGCCUGUCGCUUUCAACGAGACCUGGUCUCAAGUGCGGCCCGAGAACGAUGCUGGUCAACGUCAUGUCGUCGGGGUCUCACAAGGAGUCGUAAACAAGAAUGGCUCUCCUUCCCAUCCGUUGACCGGUCUUGAUGCACCCGUGGAUGGUCUGCCGGCAUUCUCCGAUACUCACGCCCGUCCUCUAGUCAGUGUGCCUGCACGCAGCUCACGAUUCUUCCCGCAUGUUACUGAGCAAGCGAAACGGCCAAUUGAGAAGACAAUCAGUGAUUACCAACGAAGCCCAUCUCCUCCGCCUCCGGAGGAAAUCUCAAGUCAUCCUGUCUAUUUCGGCGGCUCGAGUCGGCCAUUGGUUCACCUUCCCAACCCCAAACCUGUGGUCAAGCUCCCGCCUAAGGUUCUGGCUGCGCAAGCCGCUCAAGCCGCUCAAGCUGCUCACGCUGCGCAAGCCACGCCAGAUAUACCCCCCACGUUUGCAUCCAUGGCAGCGGCAACCCCACGAGCCCCAGGGCCGGCCUCGACUGUGAUGUCCUGGCAGGAAAAGAUCAAUGGACUGUUUGGCAAGAAGACCCCUGUCGAGAAGAAAAGCGCUUUGGCCGUUGCCUCUGCGACAAAGGAACCUCUCGAUGUCCAAUUGCCCGUUGCGGCAGUUCCCGUGUCUUUGCCUAGCAUCGAGCAAGGUUAUCCAUCUGGAGACGGCGACCUUGCCGUCCGACAAGUGGAAGAGCAGGAUGAUAUUUUCGAGGACCGUGAACCAGGAUCGCUCCCAGGUGUCCGUGUCCCGAACAUGGCACCUCCAGCCGCAUGGCGCGCUGCACCAGCGCCCUCGCAGUCUCGGCUCCGCGCAAAGAACCUGAAGACGAUGCAGGUCCACAGUGUUGAGCCAUUCUGGGUCGGCAUCAGCGAUAAGGAUCACGCCGGUAACAUCCGGGCCUUGAUCCGCCUGCCCGGCGCACUCGCCGCGAAGACAAUCACCCUUCCCAAAAAGGCUGGCGGUCCUAAUUCGAGUUCGAAUCCGAACUCGAAUCCGCGGCACCGAAGCUCGCCCAACUUCAAAGCUCGCAAGGUAACCAAGCCCCGUGAGGCCACUGGGGGCAAGGAGGGAGUGAAGAAGCCAUCUGCGUCUCAGCAAGGCACGGCCGUUUCAUCCUCGCCGCGGCACAACCAGUCCCGGACUGCAUCAUGGGGUCCACGCCAGGGCUCUCAUUAA